UUUUUCUUAAUAUAAAAAACUUUAUCUUGUCACUUCACUGGCAGAUUCGCUAGUGAGAUGACUGGAAUUUGAAAUGGUCCUAAGUUAUUUUGAUUUUGUGAUUUCACUAACAAAAACUGAUGAGCCAUUUUAUUCACUUCGUCUUGCUUGUUACUAUGUCUUUUUCAUGCCCGUUGCUUAAUUUACAAGUGAAAAUCGCCGACGGUAGCCUGAUCAGCCCAGUCGGAAACAAUGGAAGGCCCGGGACGAUUGGUAAAUGCGCUAUGUUUCGCACAACUUCUCGAUCUCGCAAAGAGGCUAAAGUAGCCAUAGAGAUGGUAGUUUGCGAUUUCUGUUUUAUUAGAAAUCGAAACCUGCUUCUUCACUCUCAAGACUAUCAAGCCAGACCUGGUCUUGCAGCUUUGGAAGAAACAUAUUUGGAAGAUCUUGAGUGGGAUGAUGUCAAGGCAGCUAGUGAAGAAACUGGUGAUCAUAAACCCGUAUUUCAAUCUUCCGCUGAUUCAAUUCCAUCAACGCCAACAUUUACUUGGUUUCUCCAAUCCAAUCAGCUCAAGAAACAAAAGUUUAAAGUGUUUCCUGCAACUCUUGGAGCCAAGAAACUGAAUAUGACACAAAUCGGGUCUGCAUGGAUCACGGAUCUCUUCCAUUCCAUCAGUCCCAGAAAAUUUUCAUCAAUGCAGGACAUCUAUGGGACUAAAACUUACAUUCCAGAACAAGGGCAGAUAUUUCAUAAUUUUAAGAAAAGAUCACGGUCAAACUUCAGGAGUAUUCAUCCUGAUUAUGAAGAACAUGAUGAGCCUGGCAUCUUCGUUUCACAGGCUUAUAACCCUGUUCGGGCUCUUUUCUGCAAUCCCGAUGCCACAAAUCUGUUCCAAAGAAUUGCAGCAGCCAAAACUGGUGUUAAAUUGAAAAAAACUUUUGGCAAGGUAGAAGAAUAUGUUAAUGUCAUUGGAAUGACUCAUCAAGGUCGGUAUGGGAUAAAAGACUUGGGAUUUUCUGGAACUAUUGAUGUUGAAGCUCCUUGCCUUAACUCUAUUAAGAUUUUAAAAGAUGUCCUGUUUUCGGCACAACCAUGGCAGGCUGAGAGAAGACGACGAAUUGUGACAAGUAGGGCAGAGCCAAUUUGGAUGGGUGUAACUGACCAAACGACCUUUCUACAAUUUGUGAAGGUAGAAAGUGAUCCCAGAAGUCAUGCGACUUCUUAUGAUGGGUUUUCAAUUGGAGUGUUGGAAGAAGCGAGGAAAAUUGCAGAUCUUAGCAAUGACCUGAACAAUUUUUCCUCUUUCAUGGGAGAGUAUGAUGUUUUGGUGAAACAAAUAACUUUAUGGAAGUUUGUUGGGUUAGCUGGUGAUGUAGCAUUUCCGAAAAAAAGAACCUACACAGAUUUCUCAGAGGCUAGUCAUAUGCAGCCAACUAAGAGAAGACGGCGUAUUCUAACAAGUAGAUCAGAGCCUAUUAGGGUGGGUGUUCCAGCCCGGUCGAUGUUCCAACAAUUUGUGAAGGUAAAAACUGAUCCUAAAACUAAUGUAACUUCUUAUGAUGGAUUUUCACUCAAGGUGUUCGAGGAAGCAAUGAACAUUGUAGAUGUUAAAAACGACUUCACAUACAACUAUUACUCUUUCGAUGGAGAGUAUGAUGACUUGGUGAAACAAAGAGCUUUAGGGAAGUUUGAUGUGGUAGCUGGUGAUGUAACAAUUCUUGAAGAAAGACAAAAGUACGCAGAUUUCUCACUGGCUUAUACAGAAUCAGGAAUGGUAUUAGUAGUACCCAUUCGGUCCAGAUUACCUAUUCAAAUGUGGCUCUUCAUGAAUCCCUUCACGACGGAACUAUGGGGCCUGAUACUAGCUAUAACCAUCUACAAUGGCUUCAUAGUAUGGCUGAUUGAGAGAAAUUACAAUCCUGAAUUUAGAUCUGGCACUCUCUGGAAUCAGUUUGGAACACUCUUUUGGCCAGCAUCUACAACACUUUUCACUUUGAGUGCCGACAAACUGCAAAGUAAGUUAUCAAGGAUGGUAAUGGUUGUUUGGCUCUUUGUGGCACUAAUACUUACACAGAGUUACUUAUCCAUCCUUUCUAAUAUGCUCACUGCUCAAAGACUUGCACCGGCUACCAAGGAUGUUGAAUCACUCAAGAACAUGAAUGCAACAGUUGGCUAUUGCAGAGGGGCAUUUCUUGAAUCCUACAUGAUCAAUGCCUUGGGUUUCAGCCCGGCACAGAUCAAGAAGUACUCAUCAACAAGUGCAUCUGCAAAAGCCCUUAAAACCGGAGAAAUAGCUGGCAUCUUUCUUGAAGUUCCUUCCGCUAAACUCUUUCUUGCUCAGUACUGCAAAAGCUUCAUGACAACUGAAAAAAUAUUUAAAGUUGGAGGAUAUGGUUUUGCGUUUAAGAAGAACUUCCCAUUGCUUCCAGAUAUAAACAAGGCAAUACUCAAAAUUUCUGAAAAUGGGAAGCUUCUGGAACUUGAGGAGAGAUACAUUAACUCUAAGGAAUGCGCGGAACCAGUUUUGUUUUCAAAUGAAGAUGCUAGUAUUGGUUUAGAUAGCUUUGCAAUACUCUUUGUGUUAAGUGGCUGCACAUCAACAGUUGCUCUCGCCAUAUACAUCAGUAGGUACAUUAUAUGCUUGUUAUCGUCUACGGCAGACUGCAGUGAUCUUUUCAAAAGGGUAUCAACUUUUACCAAGAGAUGGAUAGAUUACAGAAGACCAUCAUCGGCUAUAGUUAUCAGUUUAGAAAACCCUGGAAAUCCUCCUGAUGCUCCUUGCCCUGGAGCGAGGCAAUUCGUCAGUACAACUGAUGCGGAAAGCCUUGAAGAUCAUCCACAAACUCUUGGCCAAUAAGGUUUAAAGUAAUCAUUUGGAGAGCAACACAAUGUUGAACGGGCAAUGCUAGAGUUCCUAAAUCUAAAUGCUAGUACAAGUAAUUAUGUACCUCGGAUCCAUUUUAGAAAUUCUUGCAUUUUUCUUGUUA